AUGGCAGCCGGAAAGUUUGGAUCUGGCGGAUCCAAGAUGACCAUGAAGGUGGCAUCGGCAGCCAACAGCUCGACCGCUCGCGCAGGACCCUCCAAGCGGAACGGUACUGCCCGCAAAGGCACAGCGAGUCAGAACAACGACAGCGACCCGGACGAGGCUAUGGGUAAUGACGAUGAGGAUCAGGUCUCGCUAGAGGGCGGCGAUGACAAUGACGAGCCCGACACGGAAGACGAAAUCGAGGCAGCGAAAGGCGCAGGCUCCAAGAGCAAAAAGACGGCCAAGCGCAAGCGCAGAGCCACCUCUCCUACCUCGUUCGGUACUGCGCUUGAGGGCCUGCUUGGCAUUGCGCCAUCCACAUCAGUAGACGUGCUCGAAUUGGCAGAAGAAGAGGAUGAGGCAAGCAAGAAGGGCAAGAAGAAAGCAAAGACAGGCGCCUCGACAUCAAGGUCAGAAGCCUCAGUACCCGCCAUCCUCUCGCUUGCACCUCACUUGCGCCGAUCUGCUCAGUCGACCACGCUCAGUGCACGAGCUGCGCGCAUCGCACUCGAGCAAAAGCGUCGACGCGAAGAGCGAUGCCACGUCAAAGACGUCAUCGGAGGAUGGGGCGCACCCGGUGUGCUCCCCCCGUUGGAGGAUGAGGACGGCAAUGCGAUCGAAACCUACCCUGUAGCUCAAGACGAAGCAGAGCGACUGCAAGAAUUUGCCAGUCAAGGCGGCACGCAGACUUACGAACGCAAGUUGCGCAAAGUGGCUCAGCGCGGUGUUGUCAAGCUGUUUAACGCUAUUCGUGCAGCUCAGACGACUACGGAGGACGACCUGCAAGAGGUUGAGGCCAAGAAGAGUGGUGCGGCUGCAGGCAAGGCCAAGACUGGCGCAGGUGCAGCGGCCACAGUUCCGACCAAGAAAGCAGGGCUCGCGAGCAAAGACGCCCGUCUCGCCGAUCUCAGCAAGUCGAACUUUUUGGAUCUUAUCAAGAAGAGCUCUAAGCCUAAAAGCAGCGGUGUGGCCGCCAAGUAA